AUCGGAGUGCAACAAUAUUAAUCGAUUGCAAAUUUGUGCAAAGUAGCAAGUUGUGCGUUGAGGUAGGCAUUGUUUUUGUUGUUAAAUUGCUUCGGGAAUUACUAUCACAACGUUCGAUUGUACAUAUUCAUUUCGUAAUCCUAUUGGCUGCAUAUCUAAUCGUGUUUUUGUAAUGCGAAAUUUGUAGUGUUGCCAAUUCUGACAAACCAUCGGAAUGCUAUCACAAAUAUGGCUAAAUCCUGCAAUAAAAGCCAAUAACCAUUAUUGAUAAUAUGAUUGUUGCAGAAUCUUUCCUAUAUUGUAUAUUGAGUCAUCGACUAUAUUAUCUUAAAUUGUGUAUUGUCUAUAUUUCUAGUAUAUUUAACAAACGAUUUGUAACAUGUGUUCAUGUGAUUGGCAGAUUGCAUUUAUUUUCCGCACAAGGGGGGGGGGGGGUUGAGGACAAUGGAAAAUCCAGGGGAGGGGUGUAAAAGACCUUGGGAAAUCGCAGACCACAGCAGGGGGUGGGGUGAUUAGAGACCAGAAUCCAGGGGAUGGUCUGUGAUUAAAGCCAUUUUCCAGGGGUAUCUGGCAAUGAAUUUCUAGGAAAUUCCAGGCAAUGCAAUCUGCCAUUUAAUACCAUGCAUCGGUGCAUCAUGCUUUUUAAUAGAGAGGUUUAAUAGAUUUGACUCCGGCUAUCACUACCAGGGUCUGAAAUUUUAAGGUUGGUCUUCACAUGGGGCUAUUCAUGUCCUGUUGACCAUACCUUCAACCAUAUUAUGUAGUGGUUUAAUCUAUUUUAUGUAUGGUUGUAAAGUUAAUAAAUAAAUAAAUUAAAAUUUUUUCUUAAUACCCAACUGGGAUACAAGGCUUCAAAGUUUAGUAUUCCCCCUGAGAAUCCAGUACCGGUAUCCCAUUUCUGGAUACUGGUUACCAUAAGUAUUAUACUCUGUGUCCCAUCCAAAUACGUUUCCAUAACUCUCACUGUUACAAAUUACAACAACAGGAUAUACUCAACCAGGGGCGUAGGAACCGGGGGGCAUGGGGAGGGGGGGCACGUGCCCCCCAAUUUUUUCAAAGGACUAAAAGUGUCCUUUUUUGUGAUGAAAAGUGCCCUUUUUGUACAAGCUAAUGUUGCUGUAAAUACUAAAUUAACAUCAAAGGUGCCCCCUUUUUGUUUGGAAAUUUCCAAGUUUUUAAAAAAGGUGCCCUUUUCAAUAGGGAAAAGGUGCCCUUUUCAAUACCCUAAAGUGCCCCUAGAAGCCGGUACCCCAAUAUUUUGAUGCUUCCUAUGCCCCUGGACUCAACAGUCAACAACAGAUAAUUCAUUAAAUAAUACACCAAAAAUGGACAUAAUAUGAGGAAAGGCUUGGGUGCCAAACUCUUAGUAUUCAAAAGCUAUCAGGAGACUGUCAGAGGUGCUUAAUUUUAACAAUUUCCUAAUGUUUGAAAUUCUUUUCGUAUCCAUGCAGUUGGGAUACUAGUCAUUCACAGUUUGGUAUCCGAAACCAAAUUUUAGUAUCUUGUGGAUAAAUAGACAACUUGCAUGUUAGACUAAUUUUUGAUUUAGGCAUAAAAAAGUAACAUUUUGCAACAAAAUUUUGCAAUUUUACUAAUUUAAUUCAUUAACACUUUUUAACUGUUGUGUCUGAUUCCCUUCUCUUUACUUAGAUUAAAAUUUAGUCUAACAUGCAAGUUGUCCAUUGGGAUACUGCAAAUUUCAGACCCUAACUACCCCUCACUGGUUUUAAGUAUGCAUAUGUUAAUUAAUCAGAUAUUAUGUUAUUGCUAGCCAAUAUCCAGGGAAAUUUCAGAAAAUAAUUUUCCAACCUGCCUAUCCUAAACUAUCCUAGUUUUUUCCAGAUAGGAAAUGGAGAACAUAGGAUUUUUUUGUUAGACCUAGAUCCCAAAUCUGAGGUAAUUAUAUUUGCUCUGGAUGUUUCACGCUGACCACGACGAACACGUUAUCAUUGAUUAUCCCAGAAUGAUGGGGAGCCCAGUUGCUGCGAUAAACGUUGAAGUAAAUGGCGUGACAUACAGUAUUUCUAACACAAGUGCCAAGACGUCUUUGAAUGAAUGGUUGAGAUCUCAGCCUGGACUGAAAGGUGAUGGUCACAGAUGGUCAUCUUAUAAAUGCACUUGUCAAUUGCAACACCCCCCCCCCACCACCCCCAACCUUGAGGGAAAUGUGGGGACAUUGAUUUUUAAUAUAUACACACUCAACUAUUGCCCCACCCCCUGAGGUAGGCUGACCUGACUAAUCUUGUCUAAUCCCCCAACCCAUGCAUGGGGACAAUACUUGAAAAAAUUACCUGCUCCAGAAAAUUGACUUUAAAGGACCAUUGAAAAGGACAAUCUUAGCCUGCAAGUGGGUUGUAUACAUUCCCACAUAAUGCCCCACAUACCAGGGUCGAGGAUCCAUAAGAGGAAAAUUCCCCACCUAGUCAGGCGUAACUAAGAGUCAAAAGAGGGAAAACGCCCCACAUGUCCUACCUUUCCCCGAGGUUGGGGGGUGGGGGUUACAAUUGACAAGUGCAUUACAUCGUAAUUUAGACUUCUCAAAAAAUUGUAAGUGAUGAUAGCAGGUAGUGGGUUAGUCUUGAGUUGGUUUCACCAGAUUAAAGGAAUACCGAAUGGUUUUCCGUGCAUGAUUGUGUGAUCCAUGCAUGAGGGAUGUCGUGAGACUUUCGGUAAGCGUAAAAAUACUCGAACCACAGGUGACUGUAUUUUUUACAUCCCAAGUGCAUGGAUCACCCUAGCCUAGUAGCCUGCUUGAAAAACAAUUUGGUAAUUGUUUUAUAAAGUACUGUAACUACAGUGAAACAAUGACAUUUUGAGAAUCCUACAAAAAUCCCGCAAAGGCAUUUUAAUUCUUCGUGCAGGAUAGCCUGAUCCUGCACGGCUAUUGACCAAUCAAAUUGCAUGUUUCACUGUAGUAAUUAUAUAAAGUGAUUUUGUUCAAGCUUUCUAAAAUUAUCUGUUGAUUUGAAUAACCCAGAUUAAACUCCAGUAUCUAUAAAUUAAAGUUUCUUGUUGUUAUUGUGAGGGCCACAUAUCCAUAGUUUUAUAGUUUUUCAAGCAUUUUUGCAGUGGUUGAAAAAAUCACAAAAUAAAGCCUUCAUGGAACCAGCACCAGUUGGUCAACCAACCAGUCAACAGACUCAUUAGAAUGUCGGUUGGUUAGUAAGUAAGGGAGUCGAUGACUAUUAAUGAUUUUAUAUAUUUUGUGUGUUUAACGACAUGUUCAGGAACCAAAGUAACAUGUCAGGAAGGUGGCUGUGGUUCGUGUGUUGUGGCAUUAACGAAACAAGAUCUCGUUACAGGCAAAGAGAAAACGAUUGCUGUGAACAGUGUAAGUUGAAGCAUUUAUGUGAUCGAGCGAAGUUGGAAGUCUUUAAGACUUCUCUGUUAGAAAAGCUACAGUCUGCAUGACAGAAUGGUUUUUAAUCUCCAUAUAGUGUCUAUUUCCUUUAUUUGCUGCUGAUGGAUUUAAGAUUACAACGACAGAAGGAAUUGGCAGGUACAUGCGACGUUGGAUAGAACUGAAUGAUAUUUGAAAGGUUUCCUCCUGUAGUAACACUGGAUCAAUAAAAGCCUGGAACUGGAUCUCUAGGGAAAAACAGUUUAGAACUGAUAGAGCUAUAUCCAGUAAAAAAUAAUAUUUAAUUUAGGUUUCCUCCCAUAGUAACACUGGAGGGAGAACAGUUCAGAACUGAUAGAGCUAUACAGUAUAAAUAAACUUAUUUUAGUUUGGGUUUCCUCCUGUAGUAACACUGGAUCAAUAAGGGAACACCUUUACUGGACCUCUAGGAAGUUUAGAACUACUGCAGUUCAAAUAAGUGUAAAAAAUAAAGGAAAUACAUUGGUACUUACAGUAUAAAUUGUCAUAAAAUUUGCAGCAGUCGCAGCGGUUAUCAUCCAAUUCAAGAACGUAUCGCUGAACACAAUGGGAGUCAAUGUGGUUACUGCACACCUGGAAUGGUCAUGAAUAUGUAUAGGUACAUAUGCAAAUAGUCGUACAUGCUUCAACUCAUUGGUACAAUCAAUACCAAACAAUGUUUUCUUUCAUUUUAUUUCCUCCUAGCUUACUCUCGGAGAAUGUUCAACCAACAAAACAGGAAAUUGAAGAUAGUUUUGAUGGCAAUCUCUGUCGUUGUACUGGUACAGUAAUUCAAAAUUUACACUUGCAACUGAGGAGAUACUAGGAAGCUUAAGCAAAAGACGUUUUUGUAUCAGUUUGUGGUAAUCUUCAACACAUCUGACAAAACAUAAGACUUUUAAAGUACAGAUGCAACUACCUGAAAAAUAUAUACCAACAAAAGCUUGUUCAUAUACAGUAUACUAGGUACUAAUUUAAGUACCAUUUUUUUCAUAGGUUUCCGGCCAAUUCUGGAUGCUAUGAAAUCAUUUGCUAAAGAUGAAAAGCCGAUUGAUAUUGAGGUACUGUACAUAUUUGUUAGACAUGAGCGUGUCCAGUCUACAUCUUACCUGACCAUAGUUAAUUAUGACCUGACCAAGUUAUAUAUUUCCAGGACUUGCAAGGCUGCCAGGGCAAAGGCAACUGUUGUAGUGAGACGAGGACGUGUCAUGGUUGUUGUUUCAACAUGGAACAGUUGGCUGGUCCACAGUGGUAUAAACCUUCGUCUCUCACUGAUCUCUAUACGAUUCUGAAUGACCAUUCCUCUGACUCCGUCAGAUUGGUUGCUGGAAACACUGGAACAGGUGAAAGAAUUUUGACAAUUUGUUGGCGACAUAGUUAUUGUUGGUGGAAAUGUCUUCAUUUGUCUUAAUCUCUGUGACCAAUAUGUGCUGUGCUGUUGUCUGAUUAUAAAUUCACUUCAGUUCAAGCGCCCUCCCAGUUCGAAUUUACUAAGGGUAGUCUUGGUUUCCUCCUGUAGUAAGACCGGAUCAAUUCGCGAUGAUCCUUACUGGACCUCCAGGAAGAACUGUUCAUAGUUCAAGAUCAAUAGGAGAUGAUAUUUACCGGACAUCUAGGAAGAACAGUUUAGAACUGAUAGAGCUAUUCAGUAUAAAUAAAAUAAGUUUAGUUUAGGUUUCCUCCUGUAGUAACACUGCAUGGAUCAAUAAGAGAUGACCCUUACUGGACCACUAGGGAGAACAGUUUAGAACUGAUAGAGUUAUCCAGUAUAAAUAAAGUUAGUUUAGUUUAGGUUUCCUCCUGUAGUAAUACUGGAUUAAUAAGAGAUGAUUAUUACUGGACCUCUACAAAGAACAGUUUAGAAUUAUAGAACUUUCCAAUAUAAAAUACAAAUCUCAUUUUCAGGAGUAUACAAGAAUGACGGUGAUUUCAAUGUUUACAUCAAUAUUUCUGACAUUCCUGAGCUGAAUGUCGUUCAGGUAUAUGGUAGUCCUUUGGCUAAACGAUUGUUUCUACAUGACAUAAUGUGUGUGUUUAAUUGAUGUUCCUGGAAUUGCUAGGUGACGGAUUCCGCUUUACAACUUGGCGCUGCGCUUUCUCUGAACACUGUGAUUCGAGAAUUGUCAAGUAAUUCUAAGAAAUCUAAAUCAUUCGAUGUUCUUGCAACUCAUAUAAAGAAAGUAAGCAUUUAAAUCUAUAUAUACAGCUCAACAGCUGGCCUCUGUAGCUCCGUUGGUUAGAGCGCUGCAUUGGAAUCGCAGGGCCGUAGGUUCAAUUCCUAUCAGAGGUUCUAGUGUUGUAUUUUUCGCAGUCGUUCUGGUUAGGUCUUAAAUAGUGUGUAUAUAAAUACCCACUUGGAUUAUCCACCAAAUCCAGCAUUCAAGUUCAAUCAAGUGAAGUGCAAUAUUUAACAUCUUUCAAAUUCAGCUUUAAAGGGGCAAUGUCACCGAUUUUUGAUCAAAUCUAACGCUCGCAAAUUUUGCCCAAAACUGAAAAAGAAUGAGUGUAAGCACAACAUAAAGCAAUAACAGACACAAAACACAUGUACAGAAGUCUGGAUGGGCAACAUUACGCCAGGAUUGAGAUGGAUAAUUGAUUGUAAAUAGCAUUUUGAUUAAUUGUUGGCAGACAUUUUUUCAAGUUUUAGUCAAUUUUUAUGAAAAUGUCAUGUUACAUGUUGCGUGGAAGUUCAAAGUUGUUUAAUACAUUUCAAAAACUCAUUAAUAAUUCAGGAGCAAAACACAAAGAAAAAUCAUAAGCGUGUCGUGGUUUUAUAUGUGAUAAAAAACCAUGUUAAUUUAAAUAAACUUUAGCUUUGAUUUUCUCGGUUUAGACAAAGUUUAUUUUAAAAAUUACUUCGCCAAUGAACUCGUAUAAGAUGAGUCGUUUUUGAAGCCAUUUAAAGCACUUGUAGUCGUGUUUUAUCACAUAUAAAACACUCCGCUACGCGUCGUGUUUUAUAUGUGAUAAAACACUCCUACGCGUGCUUUAAAUAGUACGUAUGAUCCAUAUAUCAUAACUUAAUCCAUUUACAAUGUUUAUUUUUAACUUUGUAGUUCAGUUUUUGAAUAAAAGGCAUUUUAGGUAAAAAAUCGGUGACAUUGCCCCUUUAAUUAUGUCCUGCGAGAGGACCUAUAGUUGCAUUUUUUCGCAGCUGCACCUGGCUGGGUCUAAGAAAUGUAUAAAAUGCACACUCAAAAUCUCCAUCCACAAAACCGUCCUGCAAUUAACAUUCUGUGUCAAACUUACAUGAUUGAUGUUCUUAAUUUGUAGAUUGCCAACGUUCCAGUCAGAAAUGUAAGUCUGUGGAAUGUUAUCAAUUUGUAAUCAUCCUUACUUGCAGCUGAGAGCUAAGCUAAAUUGCGAAGGACGCAGCUCAACCUGAUCGAGUCGAAAGCUUUCUAAGGGCGCUUCUGGCAGCCACCUUAUGACUCAUGUCUGAUCACGGGAGCACAGCUACGGUGAAAGGGUCAGUUAGGGGCUAAUCCCAACCCACCCUGUCAACAUUCCCUGUGGGAAGAAAUCGGAGUACCCGGAGAAAACCCACGACUUUCGGCAGAGCGUUGACUGACUCUUUUCACAUCAGUAUCAUGACUCUGCAUCGAGAACGCAACCCACGAUCUCAGAGGUGAAAUGCGCUUGCUGUGAUGGUUGCACCACCGAAGCUCCUCAACGAAUUACUCGCCUCAUUCCCCUAGAAGGGCUUGAAUAUACUAUCAGCUCUAAACUGUUCUCUCCAGACGUUCUGUAGUAACAAUCAUUCCUUAUUGGCCAAGUAUUACUAAAGACAAGUGGAUAUUGUAAAUAUGAAAGCCAACUGCAGGAAUUGAACCCUCUGGGUGCACAGGUUAAAAUACCAUGUAUUAUCCAUUGUUUCAAAUAGAUCGGAUGUUGGGCUGGUAAUCUCAUGUUGGUUCACAAUCAUCGCGAGUUUCCCUCAGACAUGUUUACCAUAAUGUCGGCAGUUGGCGCCACCUUGACCAUUGGUAAGUUAUAAGAAAUAUGUCUUCUGAUUUGAAACGGUAAGAUGCGAUGGUUAUAUUUUUUAAAUCUGAAAUUAGGUUCCGUUGACGCUUCGACCAAGUCUUACAGUUUGGAAGAAUUUUUGUCAGUUGACAUGAAAAGCAAGGUAAGGCAUUGUGUUGUUCAUAUUAUAAACACUGUACAUGAACUGAAUAUAGAAAUCUUGAACUCCGAGCUUGUACAGUAUGUUCUCUCCACUAUACAUUUUAUUUUAUUGACAGGUGAUUCUCAGUAUCAAUGUGCCGUUCUCAGCUGAGGACGAAGUUGUGAAAACGUUUAAGAUAAUGCCAAGGCAUCAGGUAUCUUAGACAGUAGAGCAAUUUUAUAAAUCAUAGAAAGCAUUAUCAGUUUUAAACUGUUCUCCUUAAGACGUGCAGUAAUGGACCUUGUGAUGGUGCUGGUGAUGGCAGUGGUUAGGAUUGUGGUGGUGAUUGCUGAUGGUGAUUGUUAUGGUGAUGGUAAUGUUGGUUUGGUGGUUGCUGGUAGUGAUGUUGACAGUGAUGAUGAUGAUGAUGUCAUGAUGAUGAUGAUGAUGAUGUCAUGACGAUGAUGAUCAUGUCAUGAUGAUGAUGAUGAUGUCAUCAUCAUGAUGAUGUCAUCAUGAUGAUGUCAUGAUGUUGAAAAUGCCAUGAUGAUUAAGAUGUCAUGAUGAUGUUGAUGAUAUCAUGGUGAUGAUGUCAUGGCGAUGUCAUGAUGAUGAAAAUGUUGACAGGAUGAUGAAAAUGUUGACAGGAUGAUGAAGAUGUCAUGAUGAUGAUGCUGUCAUGGUCAUGAUGAUGUCAUGAUUAUGAAGAUGCCAUGAUGAUGAUGACGUCAUGAUGAUGUCAUGAUGAUGAUGAUGGUAAUCGGUUUCGGAGGUGGAAGGGACAUACACUGCACAAACCAGCUCAGUGUGCGACCAGCACCCCAGGGUUAUCACCACCAGUUAUGUGGGGACUAAUUCAGUGGUAUAAUCAUUUCAGAAUGCUCAUGCGUAUGUGAACGCCGGAUUCCGAGUUUCAAAGGAUUCAAGUUAUACCGUACAAGGAACGCCAAGUUUGGUAUUUGGUGGAGUUAAACUUUCUCCGGUAAGUAACAAUAUCAAAACUUCUGAAGAAUGGUCAGUAUGUACUAUUCCAUUAUAAGCUGCCGUGGUUUAUUUUGAAUGAUUUAUCUAACACAUCUUCAACGUUUUGAGUGAAGAUGUCUUGACGAAGGAAUUUGAAUCGUUGAAAUGUUUUAAUCUUUCGGAAAGUUCAGACACAAUCCACGGCAGCGUAUUGUUGUAGCAUACUAUUAACAUUGGGUACCACAAAAUAAAGAUUUUCAGUAAUUUAAAUAACACUUACUAGAUUUCAUAUUCAUAUAUCUUUGUGCAGAUGCGAGCCAGUGAAACAGAAAAAUAUCUUGCUGGAAAGAGUCUUCUGGACUCUGCGACACUGAAAGGUAUUAAUACAGAGAAAUAGAUUUAAGAAGUUGACCCAAUUAUUGGCGUAUUUUUUAAUUGAAUGUGCUAAAAACUGAUAGAGCUCUCCAGUAUAAAUAAAGUUAGUUUAGUGUUGGUUUCCUCCUGUAGUAACACUGGAUCAAUAAGACACGACUCUUACUGGAUCUCUAGGAAGAACAGUUAAGAACUGAUGGAGCUAUCCAGUAUAAAUAAAAUUAGUUUAGUUUAGGUUUCCUCCUGUAGUAACACUGGAUCAAUAAGAGAUUAUCCUUACUGGACCUCUAGGGAGAACAGUUUAGAACUGAUAGAGCUAUCCAGUAUAAAUAAAGUUAGUUUCGUUUAGUUUUUAAUCUUGUUUUAACUAUUUGUAGGUUGUCUAAGUGCGUUGGAUGAGGAAAUAGUUCCAGAAUCGUCACCUCUGACCACAAGUGUGGAAUACCGCAAGAGUUUAGCAAUAGGCCUGUUUUACAAGGUAAAUGUUCAAACCAAUUUAGGAUGUUUCCAAGAAUUUAACCUUAUUUCUGAUAACUGGCAUGUUGGCUCACACUAUAUCAGUGCUGACUGACUAAUUCUAUACUGUGUGUUUUAAUUCAAUAGUUUUAUCUUGCCUUGCUUGGUGACAAAGCUAACGAAAGAGUACGUUCGGCUGCACUGCCUUAUGUUCGACCGAUUUCCUCAGGUCAGCAGAGUUAUGAUACCACUGCCAGUGACUAUCCUUUGACUGAGCCAAUGACGAAAAUCACUGCGAAAUUACAGGUAAAAGACUUUUUUAACCAGACUAAACUAAGUUUAUUUAGAAUGCUGGAUAGCACUAUUAGUUUUAAACUGUUCUUCCUAGAGGUCCAGUAAAGGUCAUCCCUUAUUAAUCCAGUACUGAAUAGCUCUAUCAGUUCUAAACUGUUCUUCCUAGAGGUCCAGUAAGGAUCAUCUCUUAUUGAUCAGUGUUACUACAGGAGGAAACCUAAACUAAACUAACUUUAUUUAUACUGGAUAGCUCUAUCAGUUCUAAACUGUUCUUCUUAGAGGUCCAGUAAGGGUCAUCUCUGUUGCUUCAAUGUUACUACAGGAGGAAAUCACAGUACCGAAAGAAAACCUGUGGUGUCUGGUAGAGUCAAACACCACUCUUCUCACAUGGGACUGAGGUGAAAUUAUAAUCAGACAACUGUAUAUUGUGGGAAUCAGUCACAGAAGAAAGACACAUGUAACCAUGCACUGUGCCUGACAUGUUUUCAGCGUUCAAAUUUUGUUAUCUUCUUCGUCAGGCAUCAGGCGAAGCACAGUAUACGGAUGAUAUUCCCAAACGUCAAGGGGAAGUUUAUGGAGCAUUUGUUACCACGACAAAGGUAAUGGGCAAUAGACAUAAUCAGCUCAUGCAGGCUUAUGCCCGUUACAUGCCUACUGUAGUUACCACCGUUCUGAUAAUUUAAGCAUAAAAUGGAACAAAGAUAUCCAAGCAUUUCGAUUAUAAUGUAUAUGUGAGUGAAUUGGGUGAGAUAACUCGCAUUAGUUACCACUGUUCUGAUAAUGUAAGCAUAAAAUGGAAGGUAUCCAAGCAUAUAGAUUAUAUAAUGUGCGAGUGAAUUGAUAGCUCACCUGCCUAGGAGCAUCUGAGUUUACUAAAUGAAUGUCUUUCUAGGGCAACUGUAAAAUUGCAAAUAUUGAUACCUCAGAGGCUAUGGUAUGUGAAUUUAUCAUUUUGUAUUCUUCACUAAUCUUUUUUUAUUUUCCACGACCAUCAUCCGUCUGACUGAUUGUCCCUUUCAAUGUAAAGCCCAGGGUAAAGUGAAUUCUCACUUCUCAACUCUCAUGCAAACUCUCACUUCUCAACUCUCAUAAACUCUCGCUUCUCAACUCUCAUUAACUCUCAUGCAAUAGUCAAUGGAUGAACUAUGUAGACACUUGUAAUUCACGCGAAGACGAAUUUUGUUUGGUAAAUCAAUAUCUCGUAAUUUUUAGAGCAUGCCUGGUGUGCUAAAAUUUGUCACCGCGAAAGAUAUUCCAGGCGUGAAUAAUUUCGUUGGUGCUUUCGAAUCGAACGAAAAGAUAUUUUGCGAUGGAGAAGUAGACUAUGCUGGUCAAGCUGUUGGGGUCAUCAUUGCAG